ACCGCGCGCCGAGCCGCCGUAGUCGCGGGCCGGCUGUGGCAGCGCGCGGAACGCACGCCGCCCGUCAGCGCCAUGGAGACCAAGGUCACGUACAGCCUGCAGAUGCAGUCGCCAGAGUUCAGGGAUGCCAUCGACAGGCACAGCAAGCCGCUGGAAGAGACCCUGAGUGUUCUGCGGAAAGGAACGGUGCUAUGGAAAGUGCGCUCCUACUCGAAGUGGUACCGCCGGAAGUACGUGCUGGACACAGACGAGGGGACCGUCAGAUAUGAGGUCUCGCGUAAGGUGCUCUGCUCCAGCGCUCCUGACGAGAUUGAAGUGGACGAUAUUCUGGACGUGAGGCACGGCUGGAAGACGGACACUUUCAAUAAAAUAGCCAAGAAGGUGGAGGAGAAGUUCGGGAAGAACAACACUGGCUGGCCACCAUUCAUCGACGAAGCGUGCUGUUUCUCGGUGAUACACGGCAGAAACAAGAAGAGUCUGGACCUCGUGGCCACCAGUCCAGAGCUGGCGCAGACCUGGGUCGUGGGGCUCCGCCACAUCAUCACAGUCAUCAAGGGCCUCCAGCAGGGACAGCGCUUCGAACGGUGGUUAAAACAACAAUUUCAAGAGGCAGAUGAAGAUGAAAAUGGUAGCUUGAACUUUGAAGAAUGUCUGAGACUUUUAAAGCAGCUGAAUGUGAAGAUGGUGAAAUCAGAAGUAAAGAAAAAAUUUGAGAUUGCCAAUACUAACAAGAACUUACGAGAUGGAGAACAAGUUUUAGAUUCAGAGGAGUUUGUUGGUUUCUUCUUCAGCCUCAUGUCAAGAGAAGAACUGAAGCCAUUAUUUAUUAGAUAUGCUAAAAAUCCUGAAGAAAUGGGUGUUAAAGAGCUCCAAAAUUUUAUGAAGAAAGAACAACAUUUGAACAGUGUAACGGAGGAGCAAUGUUUAUCAUGGAUUGAGGCUUUUGAACAGUCAGAAAUGAGAAAUAAUCAGAAACUGUCAUUUAUUGGUUUUACAAACCUUCUGAUGUCAGAAGAAUUUGAAAUAUUCAGGCCAGAUCACAAAGUCGUUUAUCAAGAUAUGUCUCAACCGUUGAAUCACUACUACAUUGCAUCAUCCCAUAACACAUAUCUCACAGGAGGGCAGCUAAGAGGGGACAGCAGUGUAGAGGGAUACAUCAGCGCUCUGAAAAAAGAUUGUCGCUGUGUCGAAUUGGACUGUUGGGAUGGUGCUGAUGGUGAACCAGUUAUUUACCAUGGAUACACACUGACUUCAAAGAUUUUAUUUAGAGAUGUGAUCACAGAUGCCAUAAAACCAUAUGCAUUUCAUUCCUCAGAAUACCCUCUUAUUUUGUCUCUUGAAAAUCACUGUAGUGAAAAACAACAGGAUGUUCUGGUACAAAUUUUAGUGGAUGUUUUAGGAGAGAGCUUAUAUAUGGAACCAGUUGAUGAAGAAGGAAUGCAGUUCCUGCCAUCUCCUGAAGAUCUGAAAAACAGAAUAAUUGUGAAAGCUAAAAAGUUAAAAGCUUCUGAUAGAAGUGAUGAAGAUGAUUCUUAUAGUGAGGAUGAUGAUAUGGAAGAUGAUGAUGAUGACUCCGAAGCAGACUGUAAUAAUAAGAUGGAGACAAAAGGAGCUCAGGGAACAGUGGUUUCUCCCACAUUAUCCAACAUUGUAAAUAUUUGCCAAGCUGUUCACUUUCAUGGCUUUGAGAAGACUUUAACUCAAGGUAAAUGCUAUCAGAUGUCAUCAUUUAAUGAAAGAAAAGCCAUGAAAUUAAUUCAGAAAAGUGGUCCUGAAUUUGUGAAACACAAUCUUAUUCAGCUUAGCCGCAUAUAUCCUUCUGGUAGACGAGCAAUGUCAUCCAAUUACAAACCAAUUCCAUUUUGGAAUGUUGGGUGUCAAAUUGUUGCUCUUAACUAUCAGAGUGCAGGAAAGCCAAUGUUUCACAAUGAAGCCAAAUUCCGACAGAAUGGUGCCUGUGGAUACGUCCUGAAACCUAUGUAUCUCAGGAAGGAUGUUGGAUAUGAUCCUGAAAUGGUUUACAGUGGAAGCAAACCCAAGUACCUCACACUGACUGUCAUAAGUGGGCAGCACAUUCCUAAGCCUGGCCAAGACUCAGAAGGAGAAAUAGUUGAUCCAUAUGUCAAAGUAAAAAUACUGGGACAUCCUCUUGAUAUUCAGAAACAAAAAACAGAUUCUGUAAGAGACAAUGGUUUCAAUCCAAGGUGGGACUGUAGAAUGUAUUUUGUGCUAAGAAUGCCUGAGCUUGCUAUGGUGCAGUUCAUUGUGAAGGAUAUGAAUAGUACAGGAAAAGAUGCAUUUCUUGGAAGUUAUGCACUCCCGUUUAACAGCGUAACGGAAGGAUACAGGCAUGUUUACUUAAUGGAUUAUGAGCUGAAUUAUGUUUCACCUGCUUCACUUUUUGUACAUGUGUCCAUUAAAGAGGCCACGUAGAAAUGCAAAUACUGAAUUCAACUAUAGCACACAGUGAGAGCAACAUGCAGUGAAAUAUAUUGCAUUUGGUAAAUAUAAGAUAUAGUUGUACUAGCACAUUAAGUUGUAUGUGUUGAAUGCAGAUGCUGCUUUCUAAAACUGAUGAGUCAUUUCUGCUUACACUGAGUGUACCAGCUAGUAGACAUAGAGAGCCUCAUGGAUAUUUCAAAAUGUUGUUGUGCGCUUGGAAAUUUUUAUAUACAUUUUGAAGUGUACUAUAAUUAUUUCUUUGUACACAUGUCUGAUUUUCUGGGCAGCUACUGCAGUUCAUACUCUUGUUAUUCUGCAGGCUUUUGUAUGUUUUGUACUGAUAUAAAACUCCUCAUUUUGUAAAAAAAAAAUUGUAAUGAUAUUUAUGUAGAAUUUUCCAAAAUA